AAAUUAACUUUCCAGUGGGAUUCCUAAUUUUUACAAUCGAUUUCAGCGUAUAUUGGUGACUUGUUUAUUCCUUGAAGCCCCAUCGCUUGCUGCCUACCCACAGUGCAUAUUGACUAAAUUGGUGCUGUCCUCAUUUCAUCAUUUGACUGCUUAGAAUUCAGUCGUGUCACAGACUGUCUUCAACACCAUGUACAACUGUAGCAUGUUUGCUUGGUGGUUUCUUAAAGUACUUGGCUGCUAAAUUGUCAUCAUCGUUUUGGAUCACAUGACAUGCUAUCAUCCUCUAAAGCUGUUGUCAAGGAUUGUUGUUCAGAUCCCUAAGGAGUGUGAUCCAUCUUGAAACAAGGAGAUAGUUGCUGCCUUCUUCUGCGUCCUUGCUCCUUGUUAUUGAAUGUGAUGCACUGCUUCGUAGUGUUUAUACUUUAGCUGAUCUGUUUGGAGUUAUACUGAACAGUGACUUUAUUCCAUUCAGUUGACAGUAGAAUGAGGACACUUGUAUAUUAACAGCAUUGACGACACACAGCCUGAAUAUGAUGGCCUUAAUUAAACCAAAGAACAUCAAACUAGCCAUUUUAACUGUCAUCAUUGGCUGCCUUGGUGUAAAUGCUGUUUGCAAACCAGGUUGGAAAGAACAUGGCUCAUCUUGCUACAAGUACACAGAUAAUCGCACAGACUGGGAGAAUGCAAACACAUACUGCCAAGGGCUUGGUGGCAUGCUGUUGGUCAUUGAGUCAGAGGAAGAGAAUGAAUUCAUUGCUGAAGAAAUGAGAAAUUCAGGCAUGCCCAGGGCCUGGCUUGGUUGUAAUGAUAUAAGCAUGGAGGGCACAUGGGUGUGUUAUCCUGAAGGUGUCAAGAAAAUGCAGUAUACCAACUGGGUACAAGGACAGCCAAACAACUAUAACAACCAGGAUUGUGCAGCAAUAAGUGUUAAAAAUGACAGGAAUGGCACAUGGGGUGACCGAUCUUGCAAUGCUGGGAAUGACAUCAACACCAUAUGUGAGACAAGCAGCAGAGUCUCUGCCAUGUCCUGCUACAUCCUGGGUCCUGAUGGCCGCAUUCAACCAUAAACCUGGACCAAGCCUGCAUCUACAUACAUCAAUCCCUUCUGUAUCCAGACACUGACUCACAACUACGUACAGGUUCUGUUGGUUUUACAUCAAUUUCAACAGUUUACUUGGAAAUAUCUCUUCUCUCCUACACUUUACACAAUGGCCAUUCCUUUGAAUUAUACAUUGCCCUGGAGAAACAAUGGAUGAUCCUUCAUACAUGUUUUACUGAAUGGACAAAAAACUCUUUAUUCUGGAUUCUGUAAUUUUGGCUGCUCUUGCUCAUAACAUUUUGACAAAACUGAAACACACAAGAACAUUGAGUUGUAAUAAUAUGGGCAAUGAACAGUUCAGUAGGAACUUUGCUCAAGAAUGAAAGCUACGU